UUACGGUUCCUCCAAACGCCAUCAGGCUUAGCGAAGUCUCAGCGUCAAGUGUCACGUUGAUUUGGGGCCAUCAAAUUGAACCGUGUUGGUACACAAUCGAGUACAAAGAGUCUGACCACAGCAGUAGUCCCACAAAUGUCAAACCCUUGACCCAACGUACUAUGGCGACAGCCUACACAAUCAGAAACCUAAAACCUAACACAACCUACAUAUUCAGGGUUGCGGCUGAGCACCUACUAGGCCGUAUGUGGCCUAUCCAGCCAAUAGAAGUUACCACUGGAGAACCAGAUGGAAAGACUUUCCUUAAGUUUACAAAAGUCCCAGAAGACGUAACAGUUUCAGCCGGAAAAAAUCUUCGUUUAGAGUGCUCAGCCGAUGGAUGGCCGACGCCUAACAUCACGUGGCUGGAUCGGUUCCAGAAAAUUGAUGAUGUUGUCGUCACUCCAACGGGCUCCGUAGAUCUGCCAUUGACCAACCUGAGAAGUUCAUCCGUCUACACCUGUAUGGCUACAUCUGCACUCUGGACUAUCAAGCGCAACGUGCGUGUGACCGUUGAAGUUGAAACAGUGCCUAAACCACCAAGCAACUUAAGAGUCGUGGAGACCUCUGCGACGUCUGUCACACUGAGCUGGGAACCUCAGACUGCCAAUUGUUCGUACAUGAUUGUGUACAAAACUUGGAGGAAGGGCAGGAAUCCAUUACAUUUCGAUUCAUUCAAAAGUGGCAUCGAGUCGACCAGCUUUACGAUAACAAAUCUAAAGCCUAACACAACCUACGAAUUCGAAGUGAUGGCUUCCAGCCAUAAUGGACUCAGUUUGUCUAGCAAGUCUGUGAAAGUGACAACUAAGGGAUCAGAUCCUCCAAAAUUUGUCAUCACGCCCAACGACGUUAGUAUUCUACCUGGUGAAGACGUAAAUUUGACGUGCAGCGCUACUGGGUCACCUGUACCUUAUGUCAGGUGGGUGGAAGAUGGCGUGCAACUUACUGAACAUGAUAACUCAACCUUUGGCUUUAGCUCAUUGACCUUGACCGACGUACGAAGGUCAGCAAACUACACCUGUGAGGCUUGGUCGUAUCACGGGAAAGUCGAGCACCACGUGCAGGUAACGGUGAAAGGUUAA